AUGGGUUUUAGGAAGCUCCGGGAGAUGAAUUUAGCCCUGUUGGGUAAGCAAGCAUGGUGCUUAAUUACGAGACCAAACUCCCUUGUGACCCAAGUGUAUAAGAGUCGUUUUUACCCUGAUGGUACGUUCUUUGAUGCGGUGCCCAGUAGCAAUCCUUCCUUUAUUUGGUGUGGCCUCUUAGAAGUGCAGGAGGUGAUGAGAAGGGGUUGUAGAAGAUGUAUUGGAGAUGGGUUGACAACACAGAUCGGUAGGGAUCCCUGGCUUCCCAUAGAUGAUGACCCGUAUAUCAGUACACCAUUGCAUAAGUCCAUUUUUUAUGCGCCUAUUUGUUUUUUGUUAAACAAUCAGGGCUUUGGAUAUGAUGAGAACUGCGUUGAAGACAUAUUUAAUGAAUGGGAUGCUCACAUCAUUUUAAUCAUCCCGGUAAGCUUACGAAGACCAAAUGAUGCUUGGGUAUGGUACAAGGAGUCGAAAGGUGCAUACACGGUGAAGUCAUGUUACCGAAUGCUAAUAGGUGAAGUGCAUGAUGAAAGGCCAUGGCGUUUGAUAUGGAAUAUGAGAGUCCCUUGA